AUGUUAGAAUACGAUAUUGAUGAUCCUUUAAGUCGUCCAGAAUACAUCAAAUCACUACUCUUUCGCUCAGAAAAUUUUUCAAUUGAACCAAUUCGAGGAGAAUUAUUCCCAGGAAGAAGUCAGCUCAUGGUUUUUAUGUUUCACCCAAAGGAAAUAGGCAAAAUUAGUCAAUACGCAUACCUUACAAAUGCAAGAGAUAAUACUCGAUAUCCGUUAUUAUUAACGGGUCAAUGUUUACCUCCAUCGGCAAAAUUUGGAGUUCAAGUUAUUAACUGUGGACAUAUUUCACUCGAUAGUAUUCUCGAAUAUCAAGUAUUUUUGCAUAAUACAGGAGAUUCAGAUGGUUUAUUCGAAUUAAUUGAAAAUACAAAUGAAUUUAAUAUAAAAUUUUCGCCAACAUCAGGAAGAAUACCAAUUGGCGCUUCUAUUCCAAUCAAUAUAUUAUUAACAGCUGAUAAAGUAGGAAAAUUCAAUGAAGAGUUCAAAUAUAAAAUCGAUGGUUCUGUAUAUGAAGAAUACCCUUCAAUAACUCUCUAUGGACGCAUUGUUGGUCCAUCAUUUGAAAUUAAAACGAAAAGUAUUGAUUUUGAAGAAGUUUCAUGUGGGUUCCUUCAUUCCAAAACAUUUGACAUACAAAAUACUUCAGAUAUUCCUCUUGAUUACACUAUAAAAUUUGACUCAGAUUAUGAAAUUAACAGUAGAGAGAUACAGAUCACACCGCCAGGAGGUACUGUUGCUCCUCGAGGUACACAAACCAUUAAAGUUGACUUUAUUCCUAGCGGUUUGCAUGCUUAUCGUGGAAAUAUAAAUGUAUUAUCGAAAAACAUGGAUAAAAUGUAUACAAUUCCUUUGUCUGGUGUCUCAAGAGUUCCAAACAUCAGAUUAGAAAAGGAUAGGAUAGAUCUUGGUGAUGUUUUUAUCAAUUUUCCUUAUUCGAUAAAUAUUGUUUUGAAAAACAACUCAAAACUCUCAGGAAAAUUUGAUGUUUUAGAGAACAAUGACAUGACAUUUGGAUUUAACGUUAAAAACUCACGUCCUUCAGGAAUAAUUCAAAGUUAUUCAACAAUUGAAAUUCCUUUGCAAAUGACAGCGACACAAUUAGGAGAAAUGUCAUUUACUAAGCUUAUUAGAAUAUAUGGAAGUGAUAAUCCACCAUUAUCUUUCACAGUUACAUUCAAAUGCAUUGGUCCAACAUAUAAAAUUUCUCAAGACUUUAUUGAUUUCGGAAGAAUUCCAAUUCUCAAGAAAAUUACAAGAGUUUUCACAAUAGAAAACACUGCAUUGAUACCAAUGGAAUACAAACUAUCUAUAGAAAAGAAUACUGAUGUAUUUAGUCUCGAUACAAAUUCAGGAAAAAUUCCUCCAAAAGAAAAACAAAAUAUUGUAAUUUCUGCUUUUCUUGAUGAUGGAAUCAAAUUUGAUACGGAAAUACAAGUUUGUUUAAGUAUGACAAUUCCUUUUGUUGUGAAAGUUGCUGCUGUUGGCGUUGGAAUCUCUUUAAUUCCAAAUAUAAACUUAGAAAAUGUUGAAAUUGAAAAUGCUUUUGCAGGACAAAAAGUUUCUUAUCCUUUUAUUGUUUCUAACAAAGGAAGAAUUCCUAAAGAAUUAAAAUGGACUAUUCCUAAAUUCGAGAAACAGGAAGAACUAUCUUAUUCAUUAGAACCAAGUGAAGUAGUAAUUGAACCUUAUUCUGACCAAACAUUUACGAUUUAUUUGGAUUGUGAAAAUCCGAAUUUAAUUGAAUUUUCUGCUUUUUGUCAAUUGAUUCUCAGAAAGAAGAAAGUUGAUUUGUUCAGACCGAAAUUCAAAAUAGAGUUCGAAAAAGUUCUUGUUGAAAUCAAGAACAAAAUAAUGAAUUACAAGUUUGAUUAUGAUUAUAAAAAUGAAGUGAAAAAUAACAAUCUAAAACCGUCAAAAUCGUUACUACCUCAAAUUCCUCAAAAGAACUCAAUCAAGAAUACUUCUCAUUUGCCAUUGAAAAUGUUGUUAAAGCCACCACAUCCAUUCAUUUUGUCAAAUGAUUCUUUUGUUUUACAACCAGAAGAAACUGCUGAUUUUGAUGUAAUUUUUGACACUUCUUUCAAAACAAAUUUUGUCUCUGAAAACAUUGAUAGAAACUUGCAAAUCUAUUUUGAAGAUAAUCCACAGAAAUAUUUCAUAAAACUCAAAGCAAGAAUGAACUUUCCUAAUUUGGCAAUUGAAGAAAAAGAAAUUGAUUUUGGUCAUAUUUCAAUUGGGGCUGAGAAAAACUUGCAAAUUAAAGUUCAUAAUAAAAGUGAAAUUGCUGCUGAAUAUGAAUGGCAAAUUGCAGGAAAUGAAAGUUUGGCAUUCGAUGUUUAUCCAUUGAGAUCUUCUGUCAACAAAAAUGAAGAAGAAACAGUGAAUUUCGUUUUCUUUGGUGCAGGAAAUGAUUCUCAAACCUUCUCAGCAACAGCAAUUUGUCAUGUAAAAGGUGGCCCUGAUUAUACUUUGUCAUUAAAAGGAUCAACUGCAAAAAUUUCAUAUGAAAUUGAUACAACAACAAUUGAUUUCGGAGAUGUGAAUUUUACUGAUUAUUUGCAAAGUUCUGUAAUGGUUUAUAAUGAAGGAGAUAUUGAUAUUUCUUUUGAUACUGUUAUUCCUUCGAAAACGAAAUUCAAUUUCAUCAAAGUUGAACCAAAGAAAUUCUCUGUAAAACCAAAUGACAAACUUAAAUUAAAAGUGUCAAUUUGGCCAGGAAUUCCUCAACAAUUUAAGGAACAUUUUACAUUGAUAACUCCUAAUUUGACUGAAAUACAAAUCAAUUUAAUUGCUAAUUGUUUGUAUCAGCACAACAAUAUUAUUUUUAAUGACAUGAUAUUAAACGAAAACAGAGAUGAAGAAUUGUCACUUUUGGUUGAACAAAGUGAAGAAAUUUUAUCAAAACCGAAAAAUAACAGUGAAGAAUAUCGUCAAAAGAGACAAAAAUGUCAUAUUGGAAGAGGAAAGAUUGAAUCAAAGCCAUUGUUUACAUUUGAUAUUGAUUUUGGAGAUGUUGUUUUGCAUGAUUUAAUUCAGAAAUCGCUUUUUAUCGAAAAUGAUUCGAUUUUCAAAUCAAAUUUUGUAAUUUUUGAAGAUGAAGAAUCAAUUUUCACUAUUUCUCCUAAGAAUGUAUCCGGGAUUCCACCUAACGCUAAAACAGAAAUCAAAAUUGAAUUCGAUCCUGCUCAUUUGAAAGAAAUUAUAAACGGAAAUGUCACUUUUCAAUACAAAAUCAUGACGAGUGAUUUUCUUUAUUAUAUUAUGAAUGUCAAGAUUAAUUUGAUAUCUCCCAAAUUGAUAUUCAGUCAAAACAUCAUUAAUUUCCAACAAACAAUUGUUGGACAAGAAAGAAUCAUGACUUUGCAAUUGAGAAACAUGAACAAAGUCCCAAUAAAUUUCGUGAUUGGAGAUGGAAUUUCUCAAACAGUUUUGAAGCAAAAGGAUGUGUUUAUGAUAUCAUCAAAUUGUGGAGAGAUAAAAGAACAAAGUUAUACUAAUAUUGACAUAACAUUCUCUCCGAAACAAGGAAAAGAAUAUUCAUAUCAAUUCCCUGUUUUCAUCAAAUUUUCGAAUGAAGAAAAUUUCAUUUUCUGCAAUGGAACAGGAAAUCUGUUGAAAUUGUCUUUCUUCCCUCCUAUUGCUGAUUUCGAACAAAUCAUGCCUUUCUCUGAUAUCACAACAAUGCAAGUUUUACUUACUAAUCCAUCAAAUCAUCCAAUUGAAGUGUUUUCUCGUCAAUUUGAUGCAAAUAUUAUAACAGAUCAAAUAACGAGAAUGAAAACAGGAACUCCCUUGACAAAAUCAAGGAAUAGAAUGCAAAACAGUCAAACAAAUAUCUUGUUUGAUAAUACACAAACACAAAAAGUUUGUUUGAUUGUACAUGGACCAAGUAACAGUGGGAAAACUUUAAUUUGUCAAAAAUUGUCAGAAAAAUAUGGAAACAUUCCAAUUAUUCGGCUAAAAGACAUCAAAAAUCAAAACUUUGAUAAUUAUUUUGAUGUCUUCCAAGAAAGCAUUAAAGAUUUUGACUUCUUUAUCAUUGAUGGCUUAGAUUGCUUCGAUGAAAGAGAAGAAACUUUGCAAUUUUUGACACAAAUGACAAAAGUCAGUAAAAAUGAUGAAGUUUUCAAGAAUUUAUUCCAUGAACUCAAGAACAAAGCGAAUUUACCAAUUUUUGAAGAGAACAUGAAGAAAUUAUUGGAUAUUUUGAAAGGUUUUUAUGUUUAUUUGAUUGUUUUGGAUCCAAGCACUGAUUUAUUGAAACAUAGAUUCGAUAGUUUGUUGCAUGAACAAUCAGUUGAACAAAUGAGAAUCGAACUAAACGAAAAAAUGAACUUAAUAAACAUGACAGAAGAAGAAUAUGAAAAACUGACUGAUGAAGAGAAAAAUGAUAUUGAUAGAAGAAGAAAAGAACUUCGCAACCAAAAAAUAGUUGCUGAACCACAAACAAAAUCCAAAGUUUCUUCUGCAAGAAGAUCAAAAAAGAAGACUUCUCAAAAAUCAGCUCAAAAUGUUCCAGUGAAAUCUCCAAAAUCUUCCCAAAUUUUUGUUGAUUCUCCAUUUUAUUAUGAUAUUUAUCUUUUCAGAUAUUCAUUCCACAUAAUUUCUGACAUGAUACAAUCUCCUGAAAAUGGAUGUGUUGUUUUCGAUCCAACUAUUAUUAAUUGUGAGAAAAUUGAAGAUCACGUGAACAAUAUUUUAGUUAUUAAAAAUGAAUCAAAAAUUGAAGAUGAAGUUGACAAAAUCUUCAAAUAUUUCCCAGGUUUAACUGAACUGAAAACAUUUUUGUUCCAAAAAUCAAUUCCUCCUCCAAGAUUAAUUGUUCCUGUUACUGAUGAUAUUCCUAACUCUGAUGAUCAACCAUUGUUUUUCAAUAUUGCUACAGAUUCUAACGAUGAAAAUGUUUUCGGAAACUGUACUGACAGAUGGAAGAUUGAAGCAGGUGAAAGUUGUCCAAUAAUGAUACAGUUUUAUGGACAAAAUGUUGGAUUUUAUGAAGAUAAAUUAACUUUCUCGAUUUCAGGAUAUAAAUCUGAAGUUUUCACUUUGUCUUUGAAAGCAAAUGUCUUGUAUCCUGAAAUAGAAAGAGAUUUUGCAAAUAUAUUUGGUGAUGUCACUGAUAAACUUACAACAAAAAUGAAAUUACAAUACGUGAAAUCACUGAAUUCUUUCUUCUUCGGUUACAACAUUUUACAAAAAGAAAAAAUGCUGAAAAGCGAUGGUUCAAAAGUUAAGAAAUACUUGAACAUCACAAACAAAUCUGUGUUUGUAACAACAGUAAAUGCUGUGUUAAUGAAACCAGCACCAAAAGGAGUUUGGUCAAUUGAUACAAACACAUUUGAUAUUGAUCCAGGAGAAUCUUGUUCAAUUUGUGUUACUUUUUCACCAAUCCAAAUUGGAACAUUCGAAAAUGUUAUUGGUAUUUAUAUCAGAGAUAAUCCAGAGCCAUUGUUUUUACCAAUAUUUGCAACAUGCUUAGUUCCUGCUUUGAAAUUCUCUUGUAACUCUUUGGAUUUCGAUAAAAUCAUUACAAAUCAAGUUUCUCAACGAGAAAUUAUGAUUCAAAAUGAUGAAAAUGUUGCUGCUUAUUGGAGAAUUAAAGGAGGAAACACGUUAGGAAAGAUAUUUACUAUUGCUCCUUUAGAAGGAUUCUUAAAUCCAAACACGAAAUCAAAGAUUUCUCUUCAAUUUUCUUCCCCGAAACAAAUUUUGUUCAAAAAAUCGAUUUCAAUUGAAAUCAUGGAUAAAACAAAACUCAGAACAUUUGAUACGAAGAACAUCAAUAUCAUUGCUGAAGCCUAUGAUGUCAACUUCGCAAUCGAGUAUCAAGAAAACAGUUCUUCAUUAGAUUUCGGAAUAAUGAAAGUUGGCCAAUCAAAAACUGUCAGUUUAGUCAUGAAAACUCUUGGAAAAUAUCCGAUAUUGUACAAGUUCAUGCUCGACAAUAGCAAGGAAUUCCUCCAGAACAUGAAAUUGUCAUCAAUGAAUGGAGGUGUUCAACCGAACAAAAACCAAGAAAUUCAAUUCACUUUCACUGCAACAAAAAUGAAGAAAUUCAAUCAAACAAAAGGAAUUUCUGUACUUAUAAAUGAUACUUUAACAGGAAGUGAAAUUGCAUUGGUACAAAUUCCUUUUUCUGCUCAAUCUGUUUAUUCUUCAUUUGAAAUUUCUCCAAAGAAUGAAAUAGACUUCCAAACAAUUCCUAUUAUGAAAUCAAACACUAAGACAUUUACUAUCAAAAACAUUGGUUUCUUUGAGUUCUCUUUUGUGUUGAAUAAUAUAAAUCAACAACAAAGAGAAAUUGAACAAAAAGCAAAUAAAAAAGUUGUGAAAGAACCAAAAGGAAACUCAGGAUCAAAGAGGCAUCUAAACAAAAUGCCUACAUCAUUGAUCGUCAGUGAAACAACCGUUAUAACUCCUUGUUUCGGUAUAAUCAAACCAAAUGAAACUCAAGAAUUUACUGUUGAAGUUAAACCAAAUAAAAUUCAAAAAGUGACAGAAACAUUUUUGAUUCAAAUUUCUGAUAUCAAUCCAAAAUUUGUGGAUGGAAUAACUUUUAAUUUAACAAGUAACAGUAUUAGUUCAAGUCUUGUCUGUGAUGAUUACGAACAGAUCUUUAAGACCAUAAAUAUUUGCAGUUCAAAAGAUCCAAUUCAAAACACAAAUUCUUGGUUUUAUGACCAAAAAAUUUUACAUUUCAUGCCAACUUUAGUUAAUUCCAAGAACGAAACAGAGUUUCUUGUGAUCAACAACUCUUUAGUAUCAUGUGAUGUUGAUGUUUCCAUUAAAAACGAGAACAAAAAAGAAUCAGAUAUUUUCAUUGUUUCAGAAAAACAGAUAACUUUGGAAGGGAAUGAAAGUAAAUUAGUUAAAAUUGCAUUUGAACCUAAAACUAUUGGUUCUUUCCAAGCAAACUUAACUGCAACUGCCAAAAAUUCAUUAUAUCCUCCAAUUUCUUUCAAACUAGAAGCGAUUUCUGAAAUUCCUUCAAUAGAUGUUCACAUCAAAACUGAUGAAGGAAUUUCGCAAGAUGAUAUUCAACCAUUUGAUUGUUUCUUGAUCUCUUUCAAGAGUGAAAAAGUUAUUGUUCUAAAUAAUGAUGGAAAUCUUGCUGCAACAGUUUUAGUUUCUUUGUCUCCUUCUCCUGAUUUCAUUUUAUCAACGGAAUACAACAAAAUCACUGUUAAACCGCACUCAGAAUUCUUCCUUCCAAUUGUUUUCCAUCCACAAAAACCAAGGAAAUCAACAGUUGUUGUCACCUUGAAUCUGAUGGAAAACCCUGAAUUCGAGAAGAAAAUAACAUUUUAUGGAGAGGGAGUCUUCGAACCUGUUUACGUCCAAGGAAACACAUUGACAAAACAAGGAGGUCCAACAUUGAUUUUUAAUGAUACAACAGUUGGAAAACCUGCAAAAGUUGAUUUCCUCAUCAAAAAUGUUUCGAAUGAUUGUUACAGAUUCAGUUUCAAUCAUGAUAAUGAUUUUACAUUUAGUCCAAGAGUCGGACACAUUCAUCCUAACACAAGUAAGAAAGUUACUUGCACAUUCAUUGCUGACAGAGUUGUAAGUUUCAAGAACAAAACAAUUUCUUGUCAAAGAACAAAAAUAAAUUUGCAAGAUAAUUCUUCUGAUUGGGAUGAUUCAAAAACAGUCAUGAAAUAUGUAAAAAGAAGUCAAUUAGAUCCUAAUAACCAAGCACCAACUCCUCCUGCUAUCAGUAGUUCGAGAUCAACAGCAUCUGUAAGAAAAUCAAUCAUAAUGAAAUCUGAUGAAGAAAAAUCAUUAGAUGAUGAUUACGUUGUUGUUGAAGACAUUGAACCUGAACCGCCUUAUACUGUUGUUAGAGAAAGGACUUCUGAUAUGCAAGUAGUUAUUUCUGCAGCUGCUGAUAGUAUAAGUUAUUUGUUGCAUGAAGAUUUAGUUGAUUUUCCAACAACUAUGAUUUAUGAAACAAAAGUUCAACAAUUUGCAUUUGAAAACACUUGUAACAUUGGAUUUAAUUAUUUUUGGAGAUUCAAGUCUCUUGACACGUUAAUGCAGAAUCCAGAUAAAAGAAGAAUACUUCCUUUCGUUAUUAAUCCUCCUUCAGGAUAUUUGAAACCAAAAGAAAAAAUUGUUUUUGAUGUCACUUUUUCACCAAUAAUUGAUGAUGAAUUUACAGCAUCAUUUAUAUGUGAUAUCGAUAAUCUAAAGACAGAACCACCUAAACUAUUUGUUUGUGGUGUUUCUAAGAGACCAAUUGUUCACAUUAACUUUGAACAAAGUGACUAUUUGACAUCAAAUAGAAGAACAAGCGACCAAAUAAUAAAUGUUCCAGAAAACAUCAGAGUUCUUGAAAUUGUGAGUAAUGCCAAAGGAAACAAAUCAGUGAAAACAUUUGAGAUGAUUAAUACUACUGAUACGCCUUAUGAAGUUUAUUGGGAGUGCGUUAAAGAUACAAGUAAUAACUCCAUUAAAUGUACAACUCCACAAAGUUUCAUAAGUAGCGGAAAAAGAUUUUUCUGUACUUUUGAAUUUACGCCGAAAUCUCAUCAAACUGUUGAAUCACUCUGGUCAUUCUCAAUCCCUGCUUAUGAUUUGAAAGCAGAGAUUCUUAUUGUUGGAAGAGUUUUCAAUAGUGCAAAGAAUUAA